AUGGAGUUCAUAAACCAGGUGCACUCUAAAUGUAUUUGUCUGUGCUUGAUCCUCAUAUUCGGGGCUUGGUCUUCUGAAGCCACCUCUCGGAAUCUUGAAGAUGCAGCCAUGUAUGAGAGAUACGAGCAAUGGAUGACUCGUUAUGGACGCCAAUACAGCAGCAUGAAUGAGAAGGAGACUCGCUUCAAUGUAUUCAAGAAAAAUGUGGCAAUGAUUGAUUCUUCGAAUAGCGAUGUAAACAAACCAUACAAAUUGAGCGUCAAUCAAUUUGCAGACCUUACAACUGAAGAAUUCAAAUCCCAAAGGACUGGAUUCAAGGGUCUUCGGGAUACCCCUCCGCCGACUACUUCUUUCAAGUACGAAAAUGUUAGCAUAGUGCCAUCUUCAAUAGACUGGAGAACGAAAGGAGCUGUAAUGCCUGUCAAGGAUCAAGGCCAAUGUGGAAGCUGUUGGGCUUUCGCAACAGUGGGAGCCUUGGAAGGAGCUCUUCAGCUUGCUACCGGUGAACUAGUCUCUAUGUCCGAGCAAGAGUUGGUUGACUGUAACGUCGGAGGUGAGAAUGAAGGCUGUAUGGGUGGCUACCCCGACGUUGCCUUUCUGUACAUCAUAGAAAAGCACGGGCUUACAAACGAGGCUAAUUAUCCCUAUACUGCUACUGAUAAUAUGUGCAAUACUAAAGAGGCAGACAGCCCUUCAGGUAGCAUAACCGGCUACGAAGAUGUGCCUGUAAACAGUGAACAGGACCUUCUCAAGGCUGUUGCUAAUCAACCUGUAUCCGUUUGCAUUCAAGCUGAGGGUUUAUUCCAAUCCUAUUCAUCUGGUGUGUUGACAGGAGAUUGUGGAACGGACCUCGACCAUUGUGUUACCGCUAUUGGUUACGGAACAACUGAUCAGGGGAUCGAUUAUUGGUUGCUGAAAAACUCAUGGGGCACAGAAUGGGGUGAAGAAGGCUACGUUAGGAUUCAAAGAAAUAUAGAGGCUGUGGAAGGAAUGUGUGGCAUUGCUACGUCAGCCUCUUAUGCUACUGUGUAGAUGA